AUGGCAAGAAGGCUAGAAAUCCGGAACAAACGGCAGAAGCCCAUAGAAAAGCAGACCACCGAUUGGCGACUCGGCUCCUGGAACUGCAGGUCUUUGAAUUUCUUGGGUUUCGAAUUCGCCUUAGCGAAGGAGUUGCAACCUCGCAACUUCGAUGUUGUGGCACUGCAGGAGGUGUGCUUAGAGGAGGAGCAGGUGCUAAACUGGCCAGGUCAGCAGACCAAUUCCAGAUUUUUUCUGAGCGGCGGCACGGACAAGAAGCUGGGUACCGGCUUUAUCGUGCGGGGCAAGAUGCAGGAUCGCGUGUUCGGCUUCACGGCGUUCAGCGAGCGGAUGUGUAAGUUGAGGAUAAGAGGCCGUUUCUUCAACUACAGCAUCAUCAACGUGCACUGCCCCCACGAAGAAAAGACCGAUGAUGAGAAGGAAGCAUUCUACGCGACGCUGGAGGAUGUGUACGACGGCUGUCCGCGGCAGGAUGUUAAAAUCAUCAUUGGGGAUUUGAACGCUCGGUUCGGAAGGGAGGAAAUGUUUCGACCGACAAUAGGUUCAGAGAGCCUACACGCGGUCACGAACGACAACGGCCAACGCUGCAUCGACUUUGCAGCCUCCCGUGGAAUGGUGCUUGACGACACGUGGCACAGGAACACCGCGUCCGCGCGGUUGAUGAAAGAUUGUGGUGGCUGGUGCAUGCAGGACACGAGGAGUAUCCACGUGGGGUUCUUCACCGUCUUGUGA